UGAAAAGGUUUGUAAUCUAAACAAAAAAAAAAAAAAAAAGAAUAUUGAAAAGAAGAAAGUAUGCAAAAAGCUCCGGCCUACGCAUUCAACACUUAACAAUCCCAGCUCAUGGAUGAGCUCUCUAUCAAUGCUCCAAUUUAUGUCCUGCUCUUCCCACUCCAAUUUAUGAAUCCUGUCCCCUCUUCCUUUCUCCCUUCAUUUCUUCUAGCAACCCAUUUACGGGAUUCCAGGACCCAAGUCUCUGAAUCUUAAUUCAACAUGUGCCGUAUGUCGAAAUUGCUACUUCUUGGGGCUGACAAUUGAGGAAUUCGAAGCCAUUUUCCCACACAAAAGAAAAGAAAAGAAAAAAAAAAAAAAAGAUGAAAAUUCGAUUCCACGAGGUGAAUUUCCGAUCCAGAUCUUUUGUUUCUUUCGGAAUCGUGAGGUUCGUGUAAUCCUUAACAUCGACCAUUGCCGCAAUGCAUGGCUCGCCUCGGCAUCGGCAACUAAGAAGUCGGACUGGCAGUGAUAGUGGUAGCGGUACCGGCGGUUUCAGUGUUCGUGACUCGAAGCAGAGCAGCAUUAUGGAGAAAUUGGUUUUUCUUAUUUUGUCGGCGGUGUUUAGAAGAAAAGGGCUACUUUUGUUUGCUCCCUUGUUGUAUAUUUCAAUGAUGUUAUUGUAUAUGGGCUCCUUGAAUUUCGAUGUUUCCAUUUCCAAUCUGAAAACCAGGGUUGUUUCAGUUAGCAAACGCGCUCCGCCGGGGUCUUUGUAUAGGAGUCCUCAGGUUUUUGAGAAGCUCUGGCCUUUCAUGGAAGCUGAGAGCCGAAAUAGUACCACGCAUGCGUUGUCAACUGCAUGGAAUUCGAGAGUGCACAAUGUUUGGAAACCAUGCAUCAAUAGCAGCACUGUGACAGAGUUGCCAAAGUCGAAUGGUUUUCUUAUCAUUGAAGCCAACGGUGGGUUAAAUCAGCAAAGGUUGUCGAUAUGUGAUGCAGUUGCUGUGGCUGGACUACUGAAUGCUUCUCUUGUCAUUCCAAUAUUUCAUUUGAAUAGUGUUUGGCGAGAUUCAAGCAAAUUUGGUGAUAUUUUCGAUGAGGACUUUUUCAUACAAGCAUUAAGCAAGCAUGUUAAUAUUGUGAGAGAGCUCCCAGCUGAUGUGCUGCAGCAGUAUAAUAAUAACAUAAGCAGUAUUGUGAACUUAAGAGUAAAAGCAUGGUCAAGCCCAAUGUACUAUUUACAUAAAGUCCUUCCGAAGCUCUUGCAAUUGAGGGCUGUAAGGAUUGCCCCGUUUUCCAACCGGUUGGCUCAUGGAGUUCCUUCUGAUGUUCAAGCACUUAGAUGCUUAGCCAAUUUUGAAGCUUUGAGGUUUGCAGAAUCUAUAAGAAUGCUGGCAGAUCUCAUGGUUGAUCGAAUGAUAAAAAAAAGCUCUCAAAGUGGAGGAAAAUAUAUUUCAGUUCAUCUUCGUUUCGAAGAGGAUAUGGUUGCAUUUUCGUGCUGUGAAUAUGAUGGUGGAGAGGAAGAGAAGCACGAGAUGGACCUGGCUAGAGAAAGGAGCUGGAGAGGAAAAUUCAGAAGACGGGGGAGAGUAAUAAGGCCUGGUGUUAAUAGGGUGGAUGGAAAAUGUCCUUUAACCCCACUGGAGGUCGGAAUGAUGCUUAGAGGAAUGGGUUUUGAUAAUACAAGUUCCAUAUAUGUGGCAGCAGGAAAAAUUUAUAAAGCAGAAAAGUAUAUGGCCCCACUUAGGCAGAUGUUUCCGCGUUUAGAAACAAAAGAUACCAUAGCUACUAAGGAAGAACUUGCUCCUUUCAAGCGCCACUCUUCUAGAUUGGCUGCUCUUGAUUACACGGUAUGUCUUCAUAGUGAAGUCUUUGUCACAACUCAAGGUGGGAAUUUCCCCCACUUUUUGAUGGGUCACAGGCGCUAUAUUUAUGCUGGACAUGCAAAGACAGUCAAACCAGAUAAGAGGAAACUAGCGUUAAUUUUUGAUGAUCCUAAUAUACGAUGGCAGAACUUCGCGCAACAAAUGCAAGACAUGCUUCGCCAUAAUGACCAAAAGGGAAUGGAAAUGAAAAAGUCCAGUGGAUCGCUGUAUACGUUUCCCAUGCCAGAUUGCAUGUGCAAAGUACCAAACACGAAGAACCAUGAUUAAGCUUUUGGACAUACAGAUUUUCUUUUUUCUUUUUGGUCUGCAAAGUAAUUUGGUAUGUACAAACUCUGGGACAGCUUCUUCAAUUCUAUGAACACAAGAACGUGCAGACCUAAAAUGUUGAAAUUGGGAAACCCAGUUGGUUGAAAAUACAAUUUGGUGAUAGUUUUUUUCAUGCAACUGAAGGAAAGUAGGAAAGAAAGAUUAGGGGAAUUUGUUUGUAUGUAUGUAUUUGAAAGUUUGUGAGCCACAAAAAAAAGAGUGAGAAAGGGAAAACCAACAAAACACAGGUCUCCAAAACCUAAAAAUUAGGGAUUUUGCAAUGAGGACAAAAAAGACCGACCUUGCUUGUUCUACCUACUUUUUUUUUGCUAACAUACCCCUCUUAUUUCAUCUCUUUUGUUUUCUUUGAUAAUUUUUUAUAUUACCCUUUUGUGUCA